AUGUCAAUGAACAAUGCACCAAACGUGUUCUUGGAUCCAAAUGCAAACCGGUUUCAAGUUAACAUCAUUAAUGAAGACCAAGACAACAAUGAAACAACCCAAGAGGAUGUGGGCUCUGACCCACCACAUUAUGAAGAAACAUCUUUCACUGAUGAGACACAUAACAGACUAAGAAUCAGUUACAAACCAGGAAAAAGAGAAUUAUAUGACAAUUUCCGUCAAAAUGGGGAGAAAACAGAAGCUAGCUUACAUCCCUAUGAUACUCACAGUAAAAUGUAUUAUCUACAAACUUUUGGCCAUAACACAAUGGACCCAGUUCCCAAAAUUGAUUAUUAUAGAAACACUGGCAGUGUCAGUGGGAAUAAGCUCAGCAGACCAAGCUUAUUAGAAAUUCAUGAACAACUGGCAAAGAACAUUGCCGUGAGCACCGGCUCUGUCGAGAGAGUGGCGAAUGGAGAGAGCACCGCUGGAGAUGAGACAGCAGUCAGCAAGGAGGAAGAGAACAAAACAGGAUUUGUCAAGUUCGGAUGGGUGAAGGGUGUGCUGGUAAGAUGCAUGCUUAAUAUUUGGGGUGUGAUGCUCUUUAUUCGACUUUCCUGGAUUGUAGGUCAAGCAGGAAUUGGUCUUGGAAUCAUAGUUAUUGCUCUGAGUGUAGUAGUAACAACACUGACAUGUAUCUCCAUGUCUGCCAUUUGCACUAAUGGAGUAGUAAGAGGAGGUGGAGCAUACUACCUUAUCUCAAGAAGUCUGGGUCCAGAGUUUGGUGGAUCUAUAGGACUGAUCUUUGCCUUUGCAAAUGCAGUGGCAGUUGCCAUGUAUGUAGUUGGAUUUGCUGAAACAGUUGUAGAACUUCUUAAGGAGAGUGAUUCCCUCAUGGUAGAUGACUCCAACGACAUCAGAAUCAUAGGGACCAUCACUGUGGUGUGUCUGCUCGGCAUCUCUGUUGCUGGCAUGGAAUGGGAAGCAAAGGCUCAAGUUAUUCUUCUAAUUGUUCUCCUGGUUGCCAUUGCAAAUUUCUUUAUUGGGACAGUCAUUCCUACCAACACUGAAAAGAAGGCAAGAGGCUUUUUUAAUUACCAAGGAUCAAUAUUUGCAGAAAACUUUGGACCAGAUUUCAGAAGUGGAGAAGGAUUUUUUUCGGUGUUUGCCAUUUUUUUCCCAGCUGCCACUGGCAUUCUUGCAGGAGCCAAUAUCUCAGGAGAUCUGAAAGACCCACAAAGUGCCAUACCCCAGGGAACAAUGCUGGCCAUUCUGAUCACCACAAUUGCUUACAUUGCUGUUGCAAUAUGUGUAGGCUCCUGUGUUGUACGAGAUGCUACUGGGAGCGUCAAUGACACAAUUGUACCUGGAAUGAACUGCAAUGGAUCAUCUGCCUGUGGCCUGGGCUAUGAUUUUUCCAGAUGUACAAGUCAGCCAUGUGAUUAUGGGCUGAUGAAUAAUUUUCAGGUGAUGAGCAUGGUGUCUGGCUUUGGUCCUCUCAUCACAGCUGGCAUCUUCUCAGCUACUCUGUCAUCAGCUCUAGCAUCUCUUGUCAGCGCACCCAAAGUUUUCCAGGCUCUUUGCAAGGACAACGUCUACAAAGGGCUGGAAUUCUUUGCCAAAGGAUAUGGAAAAAACAACGAGCCUAUCAGGGGAUAUGUCCUCACUUUUGCAAUCGCCAUGGCAUUCAUUCUGAUUGCUGAACUGAAUACCAUUGCUCCCAUCAUCUCCAAUUUCUUCCUGGCUUCAUAUGCUUUGAUUAAUUUCUCCUGCUUUCAUGCCUCAUAUGCAAAAUCUCCAGGUUGGAGGCCUGCAUUCAGAUAUUAUAACAUGUGGGUGUCGCUUUUUGGAGCCUUGCUGUGCUGCGGGGUGAUGUUUGUCAUCAACUGGUGGGCAGCUCUCAUCACUUAUGCCAUUGAGCUCUUCCUAUAUAUUUAUGUAACAUAUAAGAAGCCAGAAGUAAACUGGGGCUCCUCUACGCAGGCUCUUUACUUUGUUAAUGCCUUAGACAGCGCUUUGGCAUUAACAACAGUGGAAGAACACGUGAAAAACUUCAGACCCCAGUGCCUAGCAUUAACAGGAGCUCCUAUGGUCAGGCCUGCUCUACUGGACAUGACCCACACAUUCACGAAGAACAACGGGCUGUGUAUCUGCUGUGAAGUGUACACGGGACCACGCAAGCUGUGUGUUAAGGAGAUGAACAGUGGCAUGGAAAAAAAGCAGGCCUGGCUCACAAAGAACAAAAGAAAAGCCUUUUAUGCAGCUGUGGCAGCUGACAGCUUCAGAGAUGGAGUCAAAAGUCUACUUCAAGCCUCAGGCUUGGGCAGAAUGAAGCCAAAUACCCUGGUGAUCGGAUUUAAGAAGGACUGGAGAAGUGCACCUGCCACUCAGGUUGAGAACUAUGUGGGCAUUAUACAUGAUGCCUUUGACUUUGAGCUUGGCGUAAUUAUCAUCAGAAUUAGCCAAGGAUUUGAUAUAUCUCAGGUCCUUCAGGUUCAAGAGGAAUUAGAGAAGCUGGAGCAGGAGAGAUUGGCACUGGAAGCCACCAUUAAAGAAAAUGAUUUUGAAGAAGGAAAAAGGGGCAUCUGUGGAUUCUUCAAAAAAGCCAGCUCACUGAAUAUCUCCAAACAUGAAACAAAGAAGGAGAGCACCAUUAACACCAUACAGUCAAUGCAUGUGGGUGAAUUCAAUCAGAGGCUGCUAGAAGCCAGCACUCAAUUUAAAAAGAAACAAGGAAAAGGUACAAUUGACAUUUGGUGGCUGUUCGAUGAUGGAGGUCUAACAAUCCUAAUUCCUUACAUUCUAACUCUCAGGAAGAAGUGGAAGAAUUGUAAAUUAAGGAUCUUCACUGGAGGAAAAGUCAACAGGAUUGAAGAAGAAAAACUAGUGAUGGCUUCACUCCUAAGCAAAUUCAGAAUAAAAUUUGCUGAUAUUAAUAUAAUUUGUGACAUCAAUAUAAAGCCCAACAAAGAGAGCUGGAAAUUCUUUGAAGAGAUGAUUGAACCAUAUCGCCUCCAUGAAAGCUGCAAAGAUUUAACAACUGCUGAGAAAUUAAAGCGAGAGGCUCCAUGGAAAAUUACAGAUGCAGAGCUGGAAGCAUUCAAGGAGAAGAGUUACCGCCAAGUCCGUCUGAAUGAACUUUUACAAGAGCACUCAAGAGCAGCCAACCUCAUUGUCCUGAGCCUGCCUGUGGCAAGAAAAGGAGCAGUGUCUGAUUACCUGUACAUGGCUUGGCUAGAAAUUCUCUCCAAGAACCUUCCUCCAGUCUUAAUGGUCAGAGGCAACCACAAAAAUGUCCUGACUUUCUAUUCUUAGAAAAACAUCAGUGCCUGGAAUAUGCCUUGCUUGAUUCCAACAUCUCUGUUUUUAAUGGCAAUGGUUCAUCAAAGACACACUCAGUUAAUGCAAAUCUAAAGAAUUUUUUUUUCAAAAAUCCAAAGCAACACAGCAAAGAAUUAAGACAAAAAAUGUAAAUGGUCCCUGCUGGUGUUACACUCCAGUACAGGCAAAAGAAAGAAAAUCUACCUGUGUCAUACGAGACAGCAAAUAGUUUGAGCACACAAAGAAGAAAUUCUUCUGAUUUUAUAAGGUGUAUUGAAAAACUUUUUGAUAUUUAUCCUAGAAAGCAAAAAUUAACUGUGACUAUACAGAAAGCAUUAAAUCUCUAAAUAAUUAUUUCAGAUUUCACUAUCAUAGUUGCUAAUGGGCACACAGUAGGAUUAAAAUUAAAUGCAUCAGCUUUUAAGACAAAAACCUGUAUGGCAUCCAUCAGGUGUAAGUCACGAACUGAUAGAAUGCAAAUGGAAUACCUGCAAUGCUUUUUGAUUGAAAUACUGCCAAAUUAAGACCUAUGCCUACAGCAGAUGCUUCUACCUAAAAUGUUCUGUUAAUUUAAAUUAAUUCAAACACUUCCAAUUUAGUGAAAAACCAAAAAUAAUAUAUAUAUAAAUGUGGACACUAUAUUACAAGACUUGAUAAUGUAUUUUCAAGCUCUGACGUGCAAUGGAAUGUGUGAUUGAAAUAAUUAAAUGUGGUAUGUAAAUUUCACCAAAAAAUUAGUAAAAUGCUAAAUAUUCUGGCAAUUUUUGCUAUGAUUGUUAGGGUUAAUACAAUCUGACAUUAUACAUUGGGAUAUGUACAGUGAUUUAUGUAAUUAGAAUGCAACAAAAACUCACUAGCUGAGUUGAAUGCCUUAUUAUUGAUUAUAUAAAAGAUUUCUUUCUUUUUUGACUUUCUAAAUAAUAUUAAUUAUGCACUAACUUAAAAUAAAGGCAAUUCAUUAAGUUGUGUAAUUUUUUCUAUUUUCUACUCUGCAAUGUUAUGAUACUUUAUAAUUUCAGCUGUCAAGAAAAGCAGCUUCUCUUUUUAACGAGUAAAGCUAUAUCCUAUGUGUAAGCAUUAUUUAAAUUAAAAAUCAAGGAACAUGGCUAAUUUAUUUUCUGUAGUCCUGAAACUCCUUUGCAGAGACCAACCAACAUCGAAGCCUCAUGAAAGCCAAGAAACUCUGAAUUUCAUUAAAUGUAUAUUUUACAGCAGACCUCAGCUUCCAUCCUGCUUGAAUUAUUAGCAUUUAACUUGUAGUGGAUUUAGUACUCCAUCUCCAAAAAUGACAAAUAUUUAAUAUUCGUAUUUUUUCUGAGUUCAACAGCAGCAAUUCAGCAGAACAUGGUAAUGUAGCCCAGUAAUCCAUGCUUUAUUUUCUCCAUCUAUUAAAGGCAGGAUAUUAAAUAUUGAUAUUUUCUCAUAAUAUUCUUCCUUUGCUUCUUACACAUUUACAAUCAGGCUGAAGGAUCAUUUUACAAUCUAACUGCAUUACACAGGAGUUUCUUCCAUAUACCAGACUUCCUGCACAACUCAGAGCAAACCACAACUCACAUUCUGCACCUGCAAAACAAGGAGAUUAUCCUCAUCCUUCACAGUGAUGUCAGCAGAGAUACCAGAGCUUGUUACAUGGUGCCAGGUCCUUGCAGGAUUGUAGUGACACCAUCCUCUCACCUCACCUCACCCAGAUACAACCUGAAUGGCACCCAGCCAAAGCCACGCUUUUAGGGAGGCCCCACUUAGGAUCUGUGUUUCUUAUCACAAUCUACACAAGGAGGAAUUAUACACCUCUAUAAGCCCUUUAAUUAUGUACAUGACUGGGGAUUGUUUCCUAAAUAUUCCCAAGUACUGUAAUUCUCAAUCUAUAGGGAACAUUGACACAAACUGUUCUGGGGGACCUAAGCAGAUCCAAAAGGAGAAUGAGCAUAAAAUGAACCAGCAAUGGCACUUUCAAUACUAUUCACUCUUCUCUCUCACAAGCACACUGCUGUGGGCAUUGCAAAAAUAAAUCCCAAGAGAUACCUGCCUAAACAAAUAGGAAUCAAAACCUAAGUACUAACAUACAAUUUUAUAAAAUUUCUUGCUUGCACUACAGUGAUGAAUUAGAAGAUGUACCCACACAACAGUUUAAUGGGAUAAACUCAGGAUGCAACACCACUUAACUACCUGAAGGUGCUAUUUCCACAAUUUUACAAGUAAUUUAAACAAAGUAUUUUCCAAGCAGCUUCUACUUCCUGUUCCUCACCAUGAUUUCUGAAUGUGUGUGGACCCAUUUGGAGAUUAUACUAAUUAUGGACUAUCUUAAAUUGCAACUUAGAUUGCAAAAUGUUGUUAGUCCACCUACCUCAUUUCCAGCUUUGUAAGAGACACUUCUUUAAACAAGUUAUGCACAAAACAACUGCUGAAUUUUAAUCAUCAAGUUAGUAACAAAACUGUAAUUACAUGUUUGACAUCUCUAGGAAAAAAACCAGCUCUAAUGCUGUCUAGCACAUUUUUAGCUUAUAUCACACUACCAAUUCCACAAGUUUAUAUAAUUUAGGCUGGAUUUGGUCAGCCACGAUAAAAACAAGCAUAGGUAAAGUGACCAGGGACAUUUAAAUGUGAAAAUACCAUUGCUAUGAAGCAAGGACAAAGAAUAUUUUGAAUUUUGUUCAAAAACCUAGGCAUCCUGCACAGUUAAGCUUGUGCCUAAGGGCCUGUUAAUAUGAUCCACUAUCACUUACCAGUGAAUCUUACCUUUCCUUCCUAAUGUUAGUGGAGCUCCAACAGGUACCACAAAAGGCAUUUCAUCAUAGUUCAGAGACUACACUUGCCCUGAAUCUUUUUAGAAGCACUGGCAGGUUGCCCAUCUUGAUCACAUACUCCUUAAGCACAGUCCAGAUUAUGCUGUCCAAAACAGUAUCCUUCCAAUGUGCCUUUCACUAGAUUUUUCAGUCCCCAGCAGAGAUUCUUUUUGAGGGGAUUGUUUCUUUAUUUUAUUUUUAAAUCAGCUACCCAACUGUAGCAAGCAGAAAAGCUGCCUAACCAAAAACGUGCUGCAUUGUGAGGAUAAACAACUGCAACUACACUACAAAAAUCAUGUUGCUAUCCUACUUCACACUCAAAGGAGUUUCCACUCAUUCUUGAUCAUCACAAAGUACAAAGCUCCAGCCACCAGAAUAGGAAAUUUCAUCAGUCUUAAACCUCUGAAAUUUUCAUAUUGAAAAGUCCUACCAAAAGCUUUCCUGACUAAGCAAUACUAAACCUCAGAAAAACCUAGACAUUUCUCAUUUUUUCCCUCUUUUUCUCUAAUUCCAUGUGGGAUUUCAAGAUCUUUUCAGCAAAAGCAGUUUCAGCAACUGAUCAGUAGUUUGCAAGCAAGAGAUGUCAACAGGUAACAGGAAUCAGCACUUCAGCUGUACAAACGGGGCAAACACCUACAAGUAGUCCUAGCUACUACUGACUCCUUUAACUUCCCUCAGCUGUUUGUCACCUCCCCUCAGGCAGAGGUCCCUGACCUAUCACCAAAGCAGGGGGAACAGAAUGUGAGUAACUCAGUAUUUUCAGCUUGAAUUUCAGGGGCCUCCCUAAAACUUCUUCCUCUGAUGGUUUGGCUGUCAUUGGACUUCAACAAAGUGACUGUGGGUCAUUCCUCCUGCCCUCUCUCCCUUGUUACCUCUCUAACUCUUGGCAGCAGAGCAAAAACCUUCAGUGCUGCAGCUCUUUGCUAAAUGAGUGACUCAUCCCUCAAGUUAUGAGGAAAGCCAAGGUUUUGCAAGGUUGUGCUUCAGCACAGGUCAGGCCAGUGUUUAAACAUCUCUUCAUGCUGGUACCUAGGGCACAGCCUAGGCCAUCGAGACUGUGUGGCCAGCAUUGCUGAGGAACACCUCACACUGGCCUUGACUCUGCAAGGAAAAAUAGAAACAAACAAACAAAGUGAGUUGCAGCUCACAUUCUCCACAAACAAGUGCAACAACCCACAGUCAAGCCAUUGCUGGAAUUUCAUCAGAGGAAAUUAAGUUUCAAACAAAAUCAAACACACUAAGAUUGCCUGGAACAGAGUAAAAUUCCAUGACCCCCAUGCUGUACUGCAAACAUGCAAUCAAAAACAGAGUUUCAUUAUAAACAGACAACAUCGUAACAGCCUUUUUAAAUUACAAACCUUAAUCAUUGUGAAAGCUUAGCUGUGCUAAGUAAGAAUGGAGUGGGAAGUCGCUCUUUUAAAGCCACUUUUUUUUCCUAAUAAAAAUCCUCAUUUUAACACCAAAACUUCAGUGGGGAGAAUUUUGGGGCUAUUACCCCUGAAAAAGGCUCUGCUUUUUCCUGUGUACAAGAAAUCAGCCUCUACUCCUGCUCUCAGUCCAGGCAAAAAGGCAGGUGAUUUCACAGAAUCACUGAAUUGUUUUUCAAAGUCAAAGGAGGAAAUGCCCUAUAGAGAGCAGCACUAAUCAGUGAUGAGGAAUGCAGGAAGGUUUACCAUGUACAGAUCAAGCAACACCUUCCCAGAACCAAGGUAAACUUGGUUUUAGACUUCCAGCAUAAGGUUAGGGUGGUUCCCCUUGUAAAGAUCUGGGAGAAAAACCAGUGUCACUCAGCUGAGUCCUUUCUCCUUAAGAAUAUUUUUGGAUAUUAUUCAUGGGCUUCCAGGCUACCUCAAGCACAGUUUAGAACCAGCCUGCCUCACCAAG